AUGGCUACCACUGCCGAUAUUCAACUCGGUGAUGCCCAACUCUACACGGACAAUCUUCACCUAUGCAUCCAAGCUGGCGGGGAGCAGUUGUCGUUUUACCAUGGAGUGAAUCGGGAGGCUAAGAUCGAAGAUCCUUCUCCACAUAGUCGAGCGAUUUCCGAGAUCGAUGCGAGAUUUGCCGGGCUUCAGCAACUUCCAGUAGAGAACACCGACAGAACGCCAAGAUACACA